ACCUCGCAACCACGGGAGCCACGCACGGAGGCCAAGCUAAGCUGCAAGGGCCGCCGCACAUGCUCUCUAGAUACGCUGUUGCAGUUCCCUGGGCAUGCGGAGCCCUUCUUACAGCCACGAGAGGAGAAGAGUUGCGACUGGAAGGUUCGCUGGGAUGGCCAUAUUGCUGCCGUUCAUGACCAGAGGCUGGGCGUUUCAAACGUCAUGUAUCAACGCUCGCGCGAUUGGCGGCGCGAGGCUCCUUAGCUCCCGACAAGCUCUGACGGAUCGAGUUCCCAGCCCUCAGCAAGAAAGUCAUUGCCCUCCUGAAGAGGAAGCCGGGAGAGAGCACAGUGAAGCGGAACCCAGGAGCUUUUUUGAGCAAAUAGGUCGACCAAAAUACAUCGCCGCGCCGAUGGUCGAGCAGAGCGAAGCUGCGUUUCGAUACUUGGUUCGACGGCAUGGCUGCGGUCUUGCAUACACACAGAUGCUGCACGCCGAGAAGUUCGCACCUGAUAACGCUGAGAAGUUUCGUCGACGGCGCUUUGAUGGCGUAGAUGACGAAGAGGAUCGUCCGCUGAUAGUCCAGUUCUGUGGCAACAACCCCGACACCGUGGUACGAGCGGCACGACACGUCGAACAUCGGUGUGACGCCGUGGAUUUGAACCUGGGGUGCCCGCAGAAGAUAGCCAAGAAAGGGAACUACGGUGCCUACCUUCUCCCGAACCCGCAACUCUGCGAGGACAUUGUUGCUGCGAUGAGCAGAGAGCUAUCGGUCCCUGUGACAGUCAAGAUCAGGGCGCAGGACAGGGAGUCGGACACGCUGGACCUCGCUCGGAGAUUAGAGGGAGCUGGGGCUCAGUUGCUCACCGUACACGGCCGCACGGUUUCGUCGCAAAAAACGAAGCAAGGGGCCGCUGACUGGGACAUCAUCAGGAAGGUGAAGGAAGUCGUGGACAUCCCUGUAGUGGCCAACGGGGGCAUCGAGACAGGGGCUGACGCGGAGCGAUUGCUGGAGGAGACCGGCGCAGACGCCGUCAUGUCGUCCGAAGGCUUGUUGGAAAACCCCGCGCUCUUCGACAGCGAUCUCAUCCCUAUGGAGGAGCUGCAGGGGCUCGAGGUCGCUCAUCGCAUAUUGUCGUUCACGACGGAAUACAUGGAGCUCGUGAAGCGGUAUCCAGCGCCAAUGAUCUCCAUCAAGGGGCACCUGUUCAAGAUGCUCUACCGGCUGCUGGAGUGCCACCACGACCUACGCGCCCGCCUGGGGCACUACCAAUGCGAUGCCAUCGAGGCGGAUGUCAUCGUACACGAGGCAAGCCGAACACACACAUCCGCCUAUUCCCAUCUUCUUGUCGGUGGCACUUCGCUUCUUCACGUCGUCGGUGCAUGGACCCUGUUUACACUCGAACUUGUUUGUCGCGAGUGCUGCCCUGUACCCUCCACUUGCGGCCGUGCUGGCAACCGGUAG